UAUUAGCAGAUUACUAUAACAUCCAUUCACUAUGACUGUUCUCACCUACUUCCUGACAAGGAUUGACUUGCUAUUGUAUUUUACAAUAUGCAUUUUAUUAUAUUUCUUCUGGAUUAAUAGAUCUAAGAAAAGCAAUGGAAAGAUGCCUCCAGGCCCUAAACCUCUUCCUUUUAUUGGGAACCUCAAUCUGAUGGACCUGAAAAAGCCACAUGAGUCACUAAUGGAGCUUCAUGAAAAGUAUGGCGAAAUCUUCACUAUACAUUUUGGACCCAGGAAGACUGUGGUGAUUGCUGGAUACAGUGCUGUGAAGGAUGCCCUUGUCAACCAAGCUGAUGAUUUUGGAAAUAGAGCAGAAACUCCGCUCUUCCAACUAAUAAGUAAAGAAAAAGGCAUUGUGCUUAGUAAUGGAGAACUUUGGAAAGCCAUUAGGAGGUUCACACUCUCAACUCUUCGAGACUUUGGAAUGGGAAAGAAAACAAUAGAAGCCAGGAUACAAGAUGAGUUAAUUCCUCUUAUAGAAAAUUUCAAGUCGCACAAUGAGAAGCCAUUUGACACAGACAUCAUAAUGAACUGCGCGGUGUCUAAUGUUAUCUGCUCUAUCAUUUUUGGACAAAGGUUUGAAUACCAAGACACAGAGUUUAAAAAACUUAUUCGAAUAGUCGGUGAAAAUGAGAAACUGCUUGGUUCACCUAAGAUGGUGAUGUUUAACUUUUUUCCUCGAAUCUCAUACUUUCUUGGAGCACACAAACAGUUUAUGCAGAAUUUUGAAGAUGUCAAAGCGUUUAUUUUAAAGCGCAUAAAACAACAGAGACAAGUGUUUGAUACAAAUGCAAUUUCUGGAUAUAUAGAUGCAUAUCUUUUGAAACAAGAACAGGAGUCAACCAAAGCUGAAACGCAUUUUGAUGAUGAAAAUCUGAUGUACUCAGUUUUGGAUCUCUUUGGAGCUGGGACAGAGACAACAUCUACAACACUACGCUGGAGCAUGUUAUUGAUGAUGAAGUAUCCAGAAAUACAAAAAAAGGUACAAGAGGAAAUCCGGACACAAAUUAAGCAAGGUCAGAUGCCUAGAGCUGAUGAUCGCAGGAAUAUGCCUUAUACUGAAGCAGUAAUACAUGAAGUUCAGAGGUUUGCCAACAUCGUUCCUUUGAAUGUGUCACACUCAACUCCAAAUGAUGUGUAUUUCCGAGGUUACUGCAUCCCAAAGGGUACAGAGGUCAUUCCUUUCCUCACAUCUGUUUUGUAUGACAACACUCAGUGGGAAACUCCUUAUGAGUUUAACCCAAAUCACUUUUUGGAUGCAAAAGGGAAAUUUGUAAAACGAGAUGCAUUUAUGCCCUUUUCUGCAGGAAGAAGAGUUUGUGUUGGUGAAAGUUUAGCCAAAAUGGAACUUUUCCUGUUUUUUACUGGCCUUCUGCAAACUUUUACUUUCUACCCACCUUCAGGAGUCUCCAGAGAGGAUAUAAGUGUUAAGCCUGGCACUGGGUUCCUUUUAUUCCCUUUGCCACACUUAGUAUGUGCAAAACUCAACUACUAGUCAAGAGCCACAACCAAGAAGUGACAAGAAGAAGUCUUAAAUCCUCCCAAAAAAUGGAUGAAUGUUUUCUAUAAAGGGAACAUGUAGUAAUUUAGGUGUUUGUUUUUAGAUGACCAUGUGAAUCAUCUGGAUGUAA